AUGGCCAAAACAACCAAAACCGCCAAGAAGAGUCCCGGUACCGUCAAGAAGAAGACCACCACAACCAAGCACAAGGCCAGAAGUGGCAAGGGUGGUGGAGCUCACAUGACGAUCCUCAACACGGUGGCAGCCAUCAACGUGACCAAGGGCGAAGAUACGGUGGAACGUGCCCGCUUGUCGUUUCUUACGAAUAUUGAUGGCAAGUCGACCAUUGCCAAUGCCCUGACCAAGCUCAAGAGUUUGGGGUGGAUGACGGUCAGUGGGAAAGAAGUGACCAUUACCAAGCUCGGCAUGGAGAAUGCCGACCAAGACGCCCUCGCAGCAGCUGCUGCCGCAAUCCCCAAGACAAACGCGGAUCACUGGGAAAAGGUCAAGGAAAAGAACAAGUUGAAUCCAAAGCAGACUGAACUGGUUGAAUUGUUGCAGGACGGCAAGACUCAUGACAAGAAGCAGGUCAUCAUGGAGGUGUAUGAGAAAUCCAACUCGACCUCUGCCAAUGCGCUGACUUUUUUGAAGAAGCUGAAGAUUAUUGAGGUUGCCAAGGGCAAGAUACGCCUCCACGAUGAAAUGUUUCCUGUGGAACCUCGGCCUGAGGACUAAAAAGCGAGGUUUCCUGUACCGGUACGAGACUAUUUUUUCAGCAUCCUAUUCCAUGAUUAUAGCCAGCAGUCGAGUCCAAAAACGAAAUCUCUCCAUGCUUCUCUAGGUAGAUCUUCUGUAUUUCUAGUAUGUUGUUGUGAUUUGAU